CCAGUGGCGACCCAGCUCCUUACCUAGCCAAGCAGCACUGCAGAGCCUUUCUCACCUGGAGGGCGGGCCUUUUGGCUCAGUACUCUGAUUCGAUGAGGCGACACGCCUUCUUUUCUGAUUGGUGAAAUGCCCUGUCCAUCAUAAAGGAGAGGCUCUGGUUGGGGUUGCCGUGGGAGCGAGGGACGCGUAACCAUCACAAAAAGGCGGCGGGAUACGAGCUGUACAUCACUGACUCUCCCCGCUCUCCGCUCAGGCUGAGUGAGGCUGUUUCUCCUUAUUCGGGGGGCGGUGAGGCCAGGGAGCCCUCCGCUCUGCAGCCUGACUCAAUAACGUCCCUAGAGGCCAGAAGGGGAAGUUUGUAUGAAGACUGGCUCAUAAGGGUUUACUGUCCAGGAUCCCAACACAUGUAUGAUGUGCAAGCUCCAGAACAGAGCGCCACCUCUUCCCUGGCUAGGAACAGAUCCCCAAGCACUUUUGGCAGAAGUGCUUCUGAAAGGAAAAAAGUUUGUGAAGAUUGGCUAACACAGAAGCGGUUUUCUCAAGUACAGGCAGUAUCUAAUGAAGGCCAAAAUAUUAUUGCUGCUACCCAGUCCAUCUUGGACAGAGAAAAUUAUUUUGUAAAGGAGGUGGACAAGUAUUUGAGACACAGCGAUUUCUUAGAGCUGAGAAAGAAGGAGAUCCAGUACAAGAAAUGGCUGGAGUGUGUUUCAGAGCCACUGCUGCAGAAAAUUGAGGACAAAGUUGACAGCCAGUCAAGUGAAGAAAUAGAGGAAAGGAAACGAAAGCAGCUCGCUCUAUAUUUAAACUACUGUAAUAAGAAGGGUAAGGUGGCAUUGGAAGAUUAUGAUUCUUCAGAGUACGACCCUCUCUUCCUGAAUACACAUCCCACCUAUCUGAAGGUGUCAACUCCACCUUUACACGAUCCGCUGUUAAAAGAGGUACAAGGAAGGUUUCUUGAGGAUGGGCUUAUCAAGCAAUGUGAGACAGGAGGAAUAUACUCAGCCAAAGAAAUGAACAACCUAUGUAAGGCAAAGUUGCCACUGCUUCCUUUAGGCCGGCAAAAUAUGGAUGCAGCUGAAUGGCUGAAAAUACCCCCAGGAUACAUAGAAAGUGAGAUUCGGCAGAGGAAGAGGCGAAGGGUGAAGAGAAACCGUAACACUGGCACCCUGGAUUUCAAGGCUUGGGCUGACAGUACGUGUCCUCCCACCCUUUGGAAAGAGGAGAUGUAUAUCUACUAGAAAGUUAGAUUUGGGAUGUGUACCCAGGACCUUCUGCUAAAGCAACUGACCACUUGCCAGUCAUCUUGACAAAAUGCAAUAAAACCGGCUUGCUAACCAUUCCUUUCUGAAGUGCCAAUUGCAUAACAGCACAAUACCCAAAGAAAUGCAAAGUACUCUGUGCUACAUGGAUUUCCAGCCGCAGUAACAAUACUGUACAGACUAAAAAUCUGAGGAAGUUAAAAUGGCAGGAGCUUCAUUUAAAAAUGUCACUGCAUAGAGACAGAUGACAAUGCUAAAACACUGAAGUUUAUCGCAAUGCUGUGAAAUGUUUGUAUUGAAAAGAGAAAUAAAUCACUGACAUUUUCCCUACCUUCCCAGCCAUUAUAUAGCCUUCUUAACAAUCCCAGAGACUGCCUAACUAUAACAGACAACAAGCAAGACCGGAAAAGGACAUUUCUAGAAUCUGCACAUUCCUACAUAAGGUGCUCUAUUACGACUCCAGGUCUGAUUUACUUCAGAUAUCAAAAAGUGCAGUGAAAACGUGUUAGGGAAAGCAGGUCCCUGGGUUGUCCUUUCCAUGACCUUGAAGGAGACCAACAUUCACUGACUAGUUCCAGAUCUUGUUUAUUUUCCAGUAGGCUAGAACUCUGAGGAUGGGGCACCUUGAGAAUCUCAAAAACAAAUCCUCUGUCUGAACAAUGAGCAAAUCAAAGUGCCCCUGGCCAGCCAACCUCAGUUUGAUGGAGGAAGGUAAGUGUAGUUUCUAUAGUAGUUAAACAACAUUCUCAAGCAACUGUUUGAGCUGGUAUUUACUUCACUGUUAAAACUUUGUACGUGAAAAUAAACGUAUGCGUGUGAAGUAUAAAAUAAAGUUUGCUUACUAAUAUCAUGCCACAUUUGAAUGACUUUCUGCUGGAGACUUAUAAGGUGCACAAACUGAGAUGACUUAACAACAAUAGUCAUAGAAAGAU